AUGAGUGGAGUAGAAGUUUAUACUACUAGCGACAGUAGUUAGGCAAUUGAAAAACUAUACGAUUUUAGCUAGCUUGCAGCUGAGGGAGAUCCCAGCGAAAAAGAUAAGCAAACGCUACUUAUUAUUAAGAUUGUGUUCAUCUUUGUUGUGUUCGCCAUUGCAGUCGUUUUUGGAAUACUUCCAGUAAAGGUAAAGAGAUGUAAAGAGAGUCCUAGAUUCCUCGGACUCGCUAAUGCAUUCAGUGGUGGUUUGUUCUUGGCUAUUGCAUUGAUUCAUAUAUUGCCAGAGGCUGCUAGAGAUUACAAUGAGUAUUGGGGAGAUGAUCACAAAGAUAGCGAAGGGAAGCCUGAAGACCCACCAGUGCCUCUUCCAUUUAUACUUGUAUUUUGUGGUUAUACUUUCAUCCUCUUAGUCGACAAAGUAAUGUUUGACUCUCAUGCUCUUUUCGAUCACGGCCAUGGCGGUCAAGGACACGGGCACGGACAUGGUCAUGGCCAUAGCGAAGUUACUCACUCUCAUGGAUCUCAUGAGGAUAAUCACGACCAUCACGAUCACAAACACGGAGAACAUAAACAUGGAGAAAAUAAACACGGACACAAUCAUGGUAAGCCUUAGAAGGAAUACAUGGAUCCUGCCACAGCAAAAUUAGUGAACGGUAUUAAGAAGUCAAUGAUCAGAGCUGAAGAAGAUAUCAAGUCAGGUGGAAACGUCAAGAAAAGUAUGAUCUAAGAACAAGAAGACAUCAAUAUGACCAUUAAGAAUUAUCUUUCAAGAGCUGAUCAGUUUGCUGUCAGGAUGUCAAGUGCAGUUCAGAAAUCAGGCAUUAAGAAGUCUAAUGCAGGCUAAGGCACCCACGAAUAGAACGAACUGUUUGUUGACAAGGCAAACAUUAAUCUCACUAAAUCUCAAGUUGAUGCGCAGACCCAUGCAGAGUCACACAAUGGUGAUGAGAAACCUGCUAAGUGCAAUUUCACUCCAUUUAUGCUAAUGAUUGCUCUGAGUAUGCAUGCCUUGUUUGAAGGAAUCGCUUUUGGUCUAAUGAAUAACUUGCCAAAUGCAGUCAACCUCAUGCUCUCUAUUUUGAUUCAUAAGUUCGCUGAGGCUAUGUCAAUCAGUAUUGCUCUCUAAAAGUCCUUUGGAGAGUUUAGACAACUCCUCAAAUUCAUUAUUUUAUUCGCGUUUGCCACCCCAGUUGGUACAUCUCUCGGACUUAUUCUUAAUGACGCACCAAAGCUAGUUAACAUUAUCUUUGUAUCACUGGCUGGUGGUACCUUUAUCUAUGUGUCUUGUUCAGAGUUAACUGUUGAAGAGUUCUCCAUGCCAGGCAACAGAUGGUUCAAACUCAUAGCUUUCAUUCUUGGAGCAGUCUUAAUUGGAUGCUUAUUGUUCUUAGAUACUGACUGA